AUGCGCUUCAUUACCGAUUUGCUUGCGUACGCUACGGGCGUUCCGGAAUCGACUUUGCGGUUGCUUCUGACCAUUAUUCUCGCAUACCCGGUGGCCAAGAUUUACAAUGACACCUACGGUCGCACUUCCACAAAGACAGCCGCCGAUCGUAAUGCUUACGUCCUGUUGACGGGUCUCGGUCUGGCUUUCUUCUUUAACGGAUUCUCCAUUAUCCAUUCCCUCAUUACUGUCUCCGUCAGUUAUGGUAUGUGUUAUGCCGCUGACCAGGUCAACAACCGCCGUUUGGCCGUGGCCGGGGUCUGGGUCUUCAAUGCACUGUAUCUGUUGCUGGGUUACUAUUAUAUGGCUUCCGAAGAAUACGAUAUCUCGUGGACCAUGCCUCAAUGUAUCCUGUGUCUGAGAUUGAUGGGCUUCAGCUUUGAUUUCCUGGAUGGCGCUCAAUCCAUCAAGAUGGCCGGGCCCGAAAAGGCAAAGAACGAUACCGAGGUCCGUGAAGGCGUCGUUCGUCCCACCGCUGAUAAGCGAUCCCCGAGCAGCUUGCCUCUGUCUUUUGAUGUUGAUACUCCGUUGCGUCAGUUGCCGGCUUUUCAGGAAGUCAUGGCCUACUGCUAUUUCCCUUCGGCCUUCCUCGUCGGUCCUCAGUUCUCCUUCUCGUUGUAUCGCAAGUGGCUGAACCGAGCCAUGUACACCCGCAAAUCCGUGGAUCUCGAAGAACAGCAAGAAAAGGCCCAGAUUACCUACGUGUGGCGUUCAGUCGCUUUGGCGUUUAUCUACUUGAGCCUUCAGCAGACUGUGGGUGCCAGCUACCCUACUUCGUACCUGACCACCGACGCUUUUGCCGCUCUGCCCUUCUACAAGCGCAUGUUCAUCUUUAUGUUGUCCGGUAAAUUCGUGUUCAACAAAUAUCUCGGUGUUUGGUUGUUGACCGAAGGUGCGUGCGCUUAUUUCGGCAUCACGUACAUGGGAGACAAUGAGGAGGGAUAUUCACUUUAUGGAGGUCUUGCCAAUGCCUUGCCCGGACGUUACGAAACCGCCACAUCGAUUGACCACGUCAUUGCAUCUUUCAACGUCAACACCAACUACUGGGUCAAAUACUACGUGUUCAAGCGUCUCAAGUUCUUGGGCAACAAGCAGAUUUCUCAGUUCGCGGCACUGGCCUUCUUGGCCAUUUGGCACGGGUUCCAUCCCAUGUACUUUGUGACCUUUUUCAUGGAAUUCCUGACCACGAUCUGUGAAAAGAUUCUUCGUCAACGAGUCGUCCCCUUGAUCCAACCUUACCUGCAACGCAAUGAGGUCGCGACCUACGCUUGGAAAUUCGCGGCAUGGUUGGCUUGUUUCUUCACUACCAGUUACUGCGUGAUCGGUUUCGAUAUGUUGCUGGUCGGAAAAUCCUUGCGAGCCUACAGCAACGUGUGGUUCAUUGGUCACCUCAUCUUUGCCGCCAUCGUCGCUGCCAACCACUUCAUUCCCAAGCGUCGCGUCAUUGGCAAAAAGACCAUGUAA